AAUGCUGUUGUUCGGUACUUUGCGGACUGACGAGAGCAUAUGACCGUUCUGUCCCGUGGGACUGCAAAGCCUUCCUGCAAAAAUUCUAGUGUGGAGUUGCCGCUCGAUAGAUUGGAGGCGGUGACUGAUCGUGGUGUGAAGACUUCCAUGCCCCUCGUUCGCGCGCACGGUGCGUGCGGUGCGACCGCGUGAGCCCUCCCGGGGUCCCACGGUGACGUCCCUGCGCUGCCAUGGAGGUAAAGGAGUUGCGUCAGUACCACUCGCUCUCGCAGAACCGUCCGGCCAAGGAGUGCCAGUACUCGAUCGGCGCGCCGAGCCGCGACGACCACCACCUCCACCACCAGCAGCAGCUGCAACAGCAGCAGCAGCAGCUGCAACAGCAACAGCAGCUGCAACAGCAGCAGCAGCGCGCCGUGCAGCAGCAGCAGCAACAGCAGAGCUCGUGCGGCGAAGAGUGUCUGGGUCACCCGGGCGCCCGCGCUCGUCACCCCUACCCCCCCGCGGGGGACUCGCUCUACGAAGCCGAUGCGGGGUAUGGGCUCUCCUCCAGGGACCCCAACAAGUACGCCCGGCAAGGCGUGGAGUACUGCCUGCGUGAGAUCGGCGUGUGCGAGCCCAUCCCCCAGAGGACCACGGGUGGAGUGUGCGACCCCAUGAUGGCGGGCGUCGUCUGCGACCCAGGGCAGCAGCUGCAGCACAGCGGGUACACGCCGGACGUGAGGCUGGCCCGGAUGAGCUACGGAGCCGACGUCGCGGCCUCGGACUCCGACACGGAGACGGAAGAGACGCUGCCCUACGAGCACGAGCCCCGGGGCGGGCGAGCCCGCGACGGGAAACCGGACGGCAACCCCUACCCACCAAGCCGCGCCAACUCCGUCCUGACGCUUACCGACACGGAACACGAGAACAACAAGUCCGAUACCGAGACAGAUCCCUUGACACCAUCCACCCAUCACAACCAGGCCACGCUGAGGCAGCCGCAGCUGCCGCCGGUGUCGCACCACCUCCACCACCACCACCAGGGCCUGGGCGAGGCGCCCCACCCGCAUGGCCUGACGCAGCACCACCCGUCGCUCACCUCCCUGUCGCACCGCAACUCCACGUCGCACCGCAACUCGUCUGGGCACGGCCACAGCCAGACGCUGGGGCACCCGGGCGGGUUCGUCCGCGAGCGGCGCAACCCCAGCCCCGUGGGUGCCCAGCAUCAGGGUGGGGGGCAGCCGGCCCUGCAGAUCCAGGAGGGAGGCUGGGAGCGGGUGGGCAGCGUGCCGCUCGAAAGCAGGAACCUGGGAAAAGGACCGAGCCUGGAGAAUGGACAAGAUAGCCUGAUGGAGAUGGCCGUGUUUGCGCCCGCCUGCAGGGACACGUCUUACGGAGAAGGGUGCGUAGGCAGCCAGGGAGUUGGAGUUCCGCCUGAGAGGGGCCCUCCUCGGGCAUGGAGUCACUUCCUGUUCAAACCGGGCUCGGGCACGACGCCGCUCUUCAGCAGCCCGGCACCCGGCUACCCGCUGACGUCCAGCGCUGCGUACUCUCCUCCGACGCGGCCCCUCCCGCGCGGCACCUUCCCGCGAGGGACCUUCACCUUCAAGCAGCCGUACCGCGUGUGCAGCUGGCGCUGCGCUGCCCUGUCCGCCAUUGCCGCUGCCGCACUGCUCACGAUCCUGCUGGUGUACUUCAUAGUGCUGCACGUGUAUGGGCUCAACUGGCAGUUCCAGGCGAUGCCCGUUCAGCCGGGCGUGCGGGACGCCGGUCGGCCAGGCCACGUGGGCGAUGCCACGGGCGCAGCUGGAAAAGGCAAUGCCUCGUGGGAUUCCCGCAGCAUCGAUUCGGGCGAAGUGGAGGUGGGCCGGCGGGCAGCGCAGGAUGUCCCCCCGGGCGUUUUCUGGAGGUCCCAGAUCUACCUGGACCAGGCUCAGUACCUUAAGUUCAACAUCUCCCUGGACCGCGACGCCGUGCUGGGCGUAUAUGGUCGCAAGGGGCUGCCGCCCACACACACGCAGUACGACUUCAUAGAGCUGCUGGCAGGCAGCCGGCUCGUGGGGCGCGACCGGAGGAGCCCCGGGCAGACCGUGCGGCGAAGACGUAACGUGGGCGGCGUGCUGCUGCUGCAGAGAGCCGGCUUUAUUCAGUUCAUGGACCCGGGCAUCUGGCACGUGGCCUUCUACAACGACGGCCUGGAGCCCGAGAGGGUCACCUUCGUCACCAGCAUCGCCGCGGCCGUGGACGAGUGCCCCAGCAACUGCAAUGGCAACGGGGAGUGUGUGGCUGGGAUCUGUCGCUGCUUCCCAGGCUUCUUAGGGCCAGACUGCUCGCGAGCCUCGUGCCUGGUGCUGUGCAGCGGGAACGGCCUCUACCUGCGCGGACGCUGCCUCUGCCACAGCGGCUGGAAAGGCUCCGAGUGCGACGUGCCAUCCGAGCAGUGCCUCGACCCGGCAUGCAGUGGGCACGGCUCGUGCGUCAUGGGUAGCUGCGUGUGCCACCCGGGCUACAAGGGGGAGAGCUGCGAGGAAGUGGACUGCAUGGAGCCGCAGUGCUCUGGCAAUGGCGUGUGCGUGCAAGGCGUCUGCAUCUGCACGCCGGGCUGGGGAGGCAGCAACUGCGAGUCUCCGCGCCUCAAGUGUCCCGACCAGUGCUCGGGCCAUGGCAGCUACCUGGUGGAGUCCGAUUCAUGCAGCUGUGACCCCAACUGGACUGGCUCCGACUGCUCUGUCGAGAUGUGUGCCCUGGACUGUGGGAGCCACGGCGUGUGCGUGAUGGGAAGUUGCCGCUGCGAGGAGGGUUGGAGUGGCGUGGCGUGCGACCAACGCGCUUGCCAUCCCAACUGUGCAGAGCACGGUAUCUGCCGGGACGGCACGUGUGAGUGCAGCCAGGGUUGGAACGGAGAGCACUGCACCAUCGAGGGCUGCCCCGGGAUGUGCAACGGCAAUGGGCGCUGUGCAUUGGAGGCAUCGGCCUGGCACUGCCUGUGCGAGUUUGGCUGGCGUGGAGCAGGCUGCGACGUCUCCAUGGAAACCGCUUGCGAGGAUGGCAAGGACAAUGACGGAGACGGCCUGAGCGACUGCGUGGACCCGGACUGCUGCCUGCAGCACGUGUGCCGAGCGGACGGCCUCUGCCAGGGCUCGCCUGACCCCGAGGAGCUGCUUGCCCACAACGUGCAGCCGCCGAGCCAGAGGGCCAACCCGCAGGCCUUCCCGACCUUCUUCCAGAGCACGCAUUUCCUGGUCGGCAGGGACCGAGCCCACGUGGUGCCGGGAGAUAACCCUUUCAACAGACGGACGGCGUGUGUGGUCCGAGGUCAGGUGCAGACGCUGGACGGGACCCCACUGGUCGGCGUGAACGUAUCCUUCCCCCACUACCCGAACUACGGGUACACCGUGACGCGGCAAGAUGGAGCCUUCGACCUCAUGGCGAGCGGAGGACGCUCGGUCACGCUGCAAUUCGAGCGGGCGCCGUUCACCGCGCAGCUGCGCACCGUCUGGUUGCCGUGGAACCGGUUCAUCGUCGUGGACACGGUGGUGAUGCGCCGCGAGGAGAACGACAUCCCGAGCUGCGACGUCAGCGGCUUCGUGCGGCCCAACCCAUCCGUGCUGCCCUCGCCCCUGACCUCCGUGCCGGGCAGCUGCGGCCCGCUCAAUCCCAUCAUACCCGAGAUCCAGGCGGUGCAGGAGAGCAUCCUGCUGCCCGGCUCGGAGCUGCACCUGCGCUACGUGAGCAGCCGCGCUCCCGGGUACCACUCGCGUCUGUCGGUCAGCCUCACGCCGGCCAGCGUGCCCUUCAACCUGCUCAAGGUCCACCUGUCAGUGGCCGUGGAGGGGCGCUUCUUCCGCACCUGGUUCCCGUCGGCGCCGAACCUGCGGCACACGUUCAUCUGGGACAAGAGCAACGCCUACGGGCAGCCCGUCUACGGCAUCGCCGAAGCUCUAGUGUCUGUCGGAUACGAGUACGAGUCCUGCCCCGAGCUGAUCCUGUGGGAGAACCGCGUGGCCAUCCUGCAGGGCCUUGAGCUCGACGCCUCCAGCCUGGGCAUCUGGGGCCUGAGCAACCACCACGCGCUGCACGUGCCUAGCGGCACGAUGCACAAGGGCACGGGCGAGAACGUGUUUGUGUGGCGCCUGCCGCCCGUCAUCACGAGCGUCAUGGGCAACGGCCGGCGGCGCAGCAUCACCUGCCCCAGCUGUAAUGGCGUCGCCGAGGGCAACAAGCUGCUGGCGCCCAUGAGCCUGGCCUGCGCCGCCGACGGAAGCCUCUACGUGGGCGACUUCAACUUCGUGCGCCGGAUAUUCCCGUCCGGCAACGUCACGAGCGUCUUCGAGCUCAGAAACAAAGAUUUGAGGCACAGCAACAACCCGUCGCACCGCUACUACCUGGCCGUGGACCCCGUGUCGGGCUGGCUCUACGUGUCGGACACCAACAGCCGGCGCCUGUACCGCGUGCGCUCGCUGACGGGCAGGGUGGGCGAUCUGACGUCCAACGGGGAGGUGGUUGCCGGCACCGGCGAGCAGUGCCUGCCGCUCGACGAGACGCGCUGCGGCGACGGCGGACGGGCGGUCAACGCCUCGCUCACCAACCCUCGCGGUGUGGCAGUGGAUAAGCAUGGCAUCAUUUACUUUGUGGACGGGACGAUGAUCCGGAGAAUCGACGAGAAUGGUAUUAUCUCGACGCUCAUCGGCUCCAAUAACUUAGCCUCCGUGCGACCGCUAAGCUGCGACUUCACCCUCGACAUCAAUCAGAUGCAGCUCGGAUGGCCGACAGCCCUGGCCGUCAGCCCGCUGGACAACUCGCUGUACAUCCUGGACAACAACAUCGUCCUGCAGGUCCUGCAGAGCCAGCAGGUGCGCGUGGUGGCCGGCAGGCCAAUGCACUGCCCGCUGCCGCCGGCGGACCACCAGGGCGGCGGGCGGCUGGCGACGCACGUCGUGCUGCUGGCGCCCACGGCCAUCGCCGUGUCGCACUCGGGCACGCUGUACGUCGCCGAGACGGACGAGCGCAAGAUCCACCUGGUGUGGCGGGUAACGAGCGACGGGGAGAUAUCGCCGCUCGCCGGCGCCGCCUCCGAGUGCGACUGCAAGAGCGACGUGAGCUGCGAUUGCUUCGCGGGAGACGACGGCUACGCCAAGGACGCCCGGCUGAACGUGCCGUCCUCGCUGGCGGUGUGCCCCGACGGCGUCGUGUUCAUCGCCGACCUGGCGAACAUCCGCAUCCGGGCCGUGAGGCCCAACCGGCCCACCCUCAACGUCGCGGGCCAGUACGAGAUCGCGUCCACCGAGGACCAGGAGCUGUACGUCUUCAACCGGGACGGCAACCACCUGCACACGCUGAGCCUCGUCAGCGGAGAGUUCCUCUACAACUUCUCGUACAGCGGCGACCGCGACCUGGUCACCGUCAGCGGCGGCAGCGGCGCGCUGCUGAAAGUCCGCCGGGACUCCACGGGGAUGCCCCUGCGCCUCGUCGUGGACGACUCGCUCAUCCUCUCGCUGACGCUCAACGCCAACUCGGGGCUCAAGAGCGUCUCCUCGCAGGGGGCCGAGCUGGCCUUCCUCACGUACCACAGCGGCGGCGGGCUGCUCGCCACCAAGAGCGACGAGAACGGAUGGACCACAUUUUACCAAUAUGACGUGGACGGUCGACUGACGAAUGUGACCUUCCCGUCGGGCCUGGUGAAGUCGCUCAACGGAGACGCAAGGGAUGCCCUGCGCGUGGUGCAGACCUCCAGCCAGGACGAGGACGUCACCAUCACCACCAACCUCUCCACCGUCAAGACCUACUACAGCCUGCUGCAGGACCAGAGCAAGAACGCGUAUGCCGUGGGCCACGACGGCUCGCUACAGGUGGCGUACGCCAGCGGGCUGCAGCUGGGCCUGCACACCGAGCCGCACGUGGUGGCCGGCCCCGCCAGCCCCGCAGCCGUCCGCCUCAACAUCAGCCUGCCCAUGGAGGGCGGCGUGAGCAUGCUCGAGUGGCGCCUGCGCAAGGAGCAGGCGCGGGGCAACGUGACCGUCUACGGGCGCAAGCUGCGGGUGAACGGCAGGAACAUCCUCUCGAUGGACUUCAACCGGCAGACGCGCACCGAGAAGAUCAACGACGACCACCGCAAGUUCACGCUGCGCGUCGUCUACAACCAGCUGGGCCGCCCCACGCUGUGGCAGCCGGACAACAAGCUGACGGCGCUCAACGUGACGUACUCGGCGCGUGGGCGCAUGCUCACGUUCCAGCGCGGCUCCAUGUCGGAGCGCAUCGACUACGACACGGCGGGGCGACUCAAGUCGCGCACGUUCGCCGACGGGCGCACGUGGUCAUACUCGUACCUGGACCGGUCCAUGGUGCUGCUCCUGCACAGCCAGAGGCAGUUCAUCUUCGAGUUCGACUCGUCGGACCGCCUGGCCUCCGUCACCAUGCCGAGCGUCGCGCGGCACACGCUGGCGACUCUGCGCUCGGUCGGCUACUACCGCAACGUGUACACGCCCCCCGAGAGCAACGCCUCCGUCAUCCAGGACGUGGGUGAGGACGGGCUGGUGCUGCGCAUCGCCUACACGGGCACGGGCCGGCGCGUCCACUACAAGUACAAGCAGGCGGGCAAGCUGACCGAGGUGCUGUACGACGGCACGCGCGUUGGCGUCACCUACGACGACCUGACGGGGAUGCUGAAGCUGGUGAACCUGCAGGAUGGCGGCUACGCGUGCACGCUGCGCUACCGGCACGCGGGGCCGCUCGUCGACAAGCAGAUCCUCCGCUUCAACGAGGAAGGGAUGGUGAACGCGCGCUUCGACUACAGCUACGACAACGGCUUCCGCGUCACGAGCGUGCAGACGGUCAUCAACGAGACGCCGCUGCCCAUCGACCUCUACCACUACGAUGACAUCUCCGGGAAGGUGGAGCAGUUCGGCAAGUUCGCCGUCAUCUACUACGACAUCAACCAGAUCAUAACCACGGCCGUCAUGACGCUCACGAAACACUUUGACGGCUACGGCCGUGUCAAGGAGGUUCAGUACGAAAUCUACCGCUCGCUCAUGUACUGGAUGGUGCUGCAGUACGACAACCUGGGGCGGGUGUCCAAGCGCGAGCUCAAGGUGGGACCGUACGCCAACACCACCAAGUACACGUACGAGUACGACGCCGACGGCCAGCUGCAGAGCGUGUCCAUCAACGAGAAGGUGACGUGGCGGUACAGCUACGACCUGAACGGAAACCUGUAUCUGCUGAACCCGGGGAACAGCGCGCGGCUCACCCCGCUGCGGUACGACCUCCGCGAUCGCAUCAACCGGCUGGGCGACAUCCGCUACGUCGCGGACGAGGACGGCUUCCUCAAGCAGCGCGGCUCCGACUCGUUCGAGUACAACUCCAACGGGCAGCUCAUCCGCGCCUACAACAAGGCGGUCGGCUGGAGCAUCGCCUACCGCUACGACGGGCACGGCCGCCGCGUGUCUCGCCGCUCCGGCACCGGCGAGCACCUGCAGUUCUUCUACGCCGACCUGGACUACCCGAGCCGGCUGACGCACAUCUACAACCACUCGAGCUCCGAGAUCCUGUCGCUGUACUACGACCUGCAGGGCCACCUGUUCGCGGCCGAGUUCAGCGGCGGCGAGGAGUUCUACGUGGCCACGGACGACCUGGGCACGCCGCUGGCCAUCUUCAGCAGCUCGGGGCUGGUGGUGCGGCACAUGCAGUACACGGCGUACGGCGAGAUCUACGUGGACACCAAACCCGACUUCCAGCUGUGCGUGGGGUUCCACGGGGGCCUGUACGACUCGCUCACCCGCCUCGUGCACUUUGGCCGGAGGGAUUACGACAUCCUGUCGGGGCGGUGGACGUCGCCGGACAUCGACGUGUGGAAGGACAUUGGCUCCAAUCCGAGGCCCUUCAACCUGUACACGUUCAAGAACAACAAUCCCGUCGGAGACAUGCAGGAUGGCAUGAAAUACGUCACAGAUGUGAACAGCUGGCUGCAGACAUUUGGAUUUCAGCUGCACAACGUGAUCCCGGGCUUUGCUAAGCCAAAAGUGAACUCUUACGAGCCGCAUUAUGAGCUCACUGCCAGCCAGAGGCAAGACACAGCACGGGCCGUGUCGUGGGUGGACUGCGGGGUGCACAAGAAACUCAAGGCCUUCACCUCGCUGGAGAGCCUGCCCAUGCGCGACAGCCCCGACCGCUCGGCGAGCCGGCACCGAGACGCCCGCGUGUGGUUCACGACGGUGGUGCCCAUCCUCGGCAAGGGGGUCAUGUUCGCGAACAGCCACGGGCGCAUAACCACCGACAUCAUCAACAUCGCGAGCGAGGACAGCCGCAGGGUGGCGGCCAUGCUCAACAACUCGCACUACCUGGAGGGGCUGCACUUCACGGUGGAGGGCAAGGAGACGCACCACUUCGUGAAGGUGGGCUCCCCCGAGGGCGACCUGGCCACCCUGGGCCUCACCGCCGGCCGCAAGACUCUGGAGAGCGGCGUCAACGCCAGCGUGUGGCAGUCGACGGCGCUGGUGGCGGGGCGCACGCGCCGCUACACCGACGUGUCGCUGCAGGCGGGCGGCGUGGCGCUGAACGUGCGCUACGGCGGCACGGCGGAGGAGGAGAGGGCGCGCUCGCUCGAGGUGGCGCGGCAGCGCGCCAUCACGCUGGCGUGGGCGCGCGAGCAGGAGCGCGUGCGCGACGGGGACGAGGGCAGCGCAUCGCGCGCCUGGAGCGAGGGCGAGCGGCGCCAGCUGCUUGCCGAGGGGAGGGUCGCCGGCUACGAGGGGUUUUACCUCCUCUCGGCCGAGCAGUACCCGGAGCUGGCCGACAGUCCGGCCAACAUCCAGUUCCUGAAGCAGAGCGAGAUAGGUCGCAGGUGACAGCCGGGAGAAGAUGCCUUUGUUUUCUCCGGUGGAACAGCCGGGUAUAAAAUUGUUUUUUCUUUCACCAAAACCUGCUGUGUAGGACAGCAGAGAGAGAGGCUAACGACUGUCACACUCCUCUGGUAUGUAUAAAGAGUGCCCUGUUCGUAGGGAGUACAUUGCCUUUUGUCUACAGAAUAAAAUAGAGAAAGGAAGGGGAGAAAAAAAACACUUUUUUUUGGUUAAAAAAAAGGCAUGAGCUGUGAAACUCCUUUGCAAGCAGAAACUAUUGCACAUGAAACAGGAAUGGAAAAUUCCGGUGCAUUGUUCUCUCUUUUAAUCCAUCAAAAAAGAGAGAUAAAUAUUGAUUUACGAUUGUGGAAUCCUGACUAUGCCAGGAAAUAAAUAGGGUUCCCAUCGGCGGGCAGGAAGAGAACCGCAUGAGAGAGAAAAAAAAAACUUCAUGCAACAAAAAAAAUGAAGAGGGGAAGAAAAAAAAACUGAUUUUGUGUGAGAAAUCUUGAUAACGGCAGGGGAUCGCUUUUCCCGUUUCUGAUCAUUUCUCCUCUGAGCGGCUUCAAAGCAAAGUCAAAAAGGCGGCAUCUUUACACAAGAAGAGCAACAAACUGUGAUCAGUGGGUGGUAACGCGAAUUUCGUUUCUGAAAAAGAGCAAAAGCAGCAGGAAUUGAUGUCCUGCCGUCGCCGCACGGAGAAUGAUGAACUGCGUGAGUCGCACUGUCACAGAGCCUGUGGUCUUUCUCUCUCUCUAUAUAUAUUUCGUCUGCUGCGUUUGAACAGGCUACGGUGCCCGCGUCGCCUCUAGGGAUAGACAGAGCACAUGAAUGUGUGUAUUUUAGAUAUUUUUUGUUCAUAUGAACCAAAUGUGUUAUCCCAACGCCUUAACUUUAAUUAGUUGGAUUGUGUAUUAUAAAUAACUCGGAUUUUAAGAAAGUGUGAUGUUAGCACUACACGGGAGCAUCACUGCAUUGGUCAUUAAUGCAGCACUUGAGUUGAGAAAAUGCGGGCGUAUAAAAAUAAGUAAAUAAAAACAUGUCGACUGAACCCUUUGUAUAAAAAGAUUUAACAAGAAUAAAAAAAAUGCUACUUUUUUUUGCAAGAUUUUUUUGAAAUGUUUUGAAUGCUGCUUAAUUUUGUUUCGUUCAGUCAAGAAAGGCAACAUUUAGUUACGUUUACUUCAAUUCAUGUCCGUUCACUCUGCAGUGCGCUACAUACCCAAUAUCGAAUAUUUCUAAAGCGUAGGCUUUUCCCCGUCCGUUUCGAAGGGAAAUGCCACUACAGGGGCGGACGUGCAAUGGCUGGUGAGGCGAGCUCGCAUCAACGCACAAUUUCGCUGUCAAAGGAUCCCGGAGCACAGCUUUGUCAAGACCCACUCAUGAAUUCUCAACAGACAAAAGGCAGCCACUGACCGGUUAAUGAAGGUGCGAUUUGAGCAGUGAAAAUCCUUGAACGUUGAGCGAAAUCCUUGGCUGUUAACCACCAUUUUUUUUAUACGUAUAUUUUUAUGGGGUUUUUUUCACCAUUAUUUUUUUUACUGUUAUCGUUUUUGUGUUCUUAAGUUAUUUAGUGACUGUGCAAAAAAUAGUAAUCCGCAAACGUUUAUGCUUCUCGAUACAGAUGUAUAAGUUCGCUUUUAUUUUCAUGCACAUUGACGUUCACAUAAAUCGGUAACAUCUCCCUUAUUUUUCCUUAAAUAAGACAAAGGUGUGACCCAGUUUAGCCUCCAGACUCUAAGGGCAAGUGCUGUUAGCGAGCAGCUAUUAAGGCUAACACAGCGAAGGAAUGAGUGUAGCAAGCGCUGCACCAAGCCGCCUCUGCGACGUUAGCUCAUUUUACCAGGUCUUUACGUUCAGCCAAGUCUGACCAUUGUACACACCUGAUCACGAAUCGACCACGUGUGAUGACUCUAGGGGACCAUGUGACCACUACGGGCAAAUAGAGGCGCUACCAUUCACCGCGAUGCUAAAUGAAUAAUUUGUUAAUUGCAUUCCAGAAUUGCGACAAUUCAUUAAAUCUCUGCCCGGGGGGGCGGUCAAUUGUUCCACCCAUCAUGAUCGUGCACAUUCCCACGCUGGUGAAUGCCCCCCUCGUCCAGCAUGCACAGCCAGCAGGAGACCGCUGUGGUGUAAUGGUCAGCGCACACUGGACUUGGCAAUCCAGAGGUUCACCGGUUCAAUGUCGUCAGGCAGCAGUGGAGAGCAAUGUGGCAUGUUUCUUAAAUCCUGCCCGCCUCUCUUCACCCAGGUGUUCGAAUGGGCAUCACCACCAACGUUGGUCGAUUUGCAGGUUGUGUGUGGUGGAGGAAAAAAAAGUGUGAUGUUCCCACCUCUGCCAAGAGUGUCUGGCCAGGGUGGAAGAGUAGGCCAAAUACCCCUCCUCUAUAGAGCUCCCUCUAGCGGAGGUCCUUCUGCCAGCAUAGGUGAAGGCAAUUGCAGGGUUUCACCUUUACCUUUUUGUAUACAGUCUGUACUAUUACACGCUGCGUUCCACAAUUAUGCACCUCUAACAAAUACACUUUCAUUAAAUACCAUACAUACACCAACACGUACACGUGCACACCCACGCUAUUGUAACUGUGGCUUAUGGGGUGGUAUCACAGACAUCGAAUGCCUGGUUGUCAGCUUGCUGCCAACUGCCAAAGACUUUCCCUCCCUCCACACACAAAACAUGGUAUUGGAAGGCCCAAUGUAAUGCUUAUUUUAAUCCUCGUUUUCAAGCUUUUUUUUGUAUAUCUCGGUGAACCACAUCUGUUUCAGAGCGUACAACUGCGCAGUUUGCCGUGAUCAUAUUUAGCUGCAUGUUCUGUGAACAGCGCCCGGACUCGGGUUGCCCGUGGGUCAAAGGUAGCUGGGUCGUCAUUCCGUUUGGUCAUUAUUGAGCAUCGCGAUGCAUAUAACAAUUCUACCGCGCUUUUGUGUUGUAUGCCAUCGUCAAUUGGUGCUGCAUUUAUGGACUAACAGUGAUGGGUGGUAUUUGACUUUUAGCAAAUGCAUAGGUUUUGUAAAGGCCUUACACACUGGAUUGAAUAAUGCUUUAAUUUUUUGCUACUUUUUAAAGAUGUGUUUAGCGUUUUUUGUUUCUUCUUCUUCUAAAAUGAUGUUCAAAACACGUUGACCAAGUCUGCGCUACGUCACGAUUGUACGAAGUAAAACGAAAAAAACACUGUUUCUAAAAGCUUCAGAGUGUGACACUGUGUCGCGUCUCGGGCCGCGGUGUUACCAUUUCAAAAUGCAUUUUACACAAAUUACAACAACAGCAAACAAAACGUACUCGAUAUGAAAAAAAAAAACGAAAACCAGGUUCAUACUCUUAGGUUUUUUCGGUAAAGUCAUGUAGGUAAAAAUAAAAAUAAAUAAUGGAAAUAAUAGAAAUAAUAAUAGAAAUAAAAUAAGAAAUCACGACGUUUAUUAUUAUUUUACCUACGUGACUUUACCGAAAAAAAACCUAAGAGGAUGAAUCCUUGCAGUCACGAAAGCUUCAAAUCUAGAAGAAAACCUGGUUAUGUAUGCCUGUGGCAUAUGAAACAAAUGGCAGACAUUAGCAGGUGAUGAGGUCAUUUCUAAAUGUAGCCUCGAUCGAGGUCAUUAAACAGAAAAUGCGCUGAAACUUU